UAUUGGGCUCUGGACAGAAUUACAUCCUCCCAUCCUUCCUUACCUAAUCCAGACUAGCUUUGUCUCAUCACUCGGCUCGAGGUGCUGCUUCUGUGAACUUCAGUCCUCUGUCCUCUGUGUGGCUCGUGCGCGUCCGUCGAGAGAAACAACUCUGAACCCUUUUCGCCUGUUAUUAGGAGAGAAAAAACAACAGUAACCAUGGAAGCCAUCAAGAAGAAAAUGCAAAUGUUGAAACUGGAUAAGGAGAAUGCUAUUGAUCGGGCAGAGCAAGCAGAAGGAGACAAAAAGGGGGCAGAGGACAAAUGCAAACAGCUGGAAGAAGAGUUGCUGGCCCUGCAGAAGAAGCUGAAGGGAGUGGAGGAUGAGUUGGAUAAAUACUCAGAGUCACUGAAGGAUGCCCAGGAGAAGCUGGAGCAGGCUGAGAAGAAGGCCACAGACGCAGAGGCAGAGGUGGCCUCCCUAAACAGACGUAUCCAGCUGGUAGAGGAGGAGUUGGACAGGGCCCAGGAGAGACUGGCCACUGCGCUGCAGAAGCUGGAGGAGGCCGAGAAGGCUGCAGACGAGAGCGAGAGAGGAAUGAAGGUGAUAGAGAACAGGGCGUCAAAGGACGAGGAGAAGAUGGAGAUCCAGGAGAUGCAGCUAAAGGAAGCCAAGCACAUUGCUGAGGAGGCCGACAGGAAGUACGAGGAGGUGGCCCGUAAGCUGGUGAUCCUUGAGGGUGACCUUGAGCGCUCUGAGGAGCGUGCUGAGGUGGCUGAGGCUCGAGUCAGGGAGCUGGAGGAAGAGCUUAGACUCAUGGACCAGAAUUUGAAGUCCAUGAUGUGCGGAGAGGAUGAGUAUUCACAAAAGGAGGACAAAUAUGAAGAAGAAAUCAAAGUUCUUACCGACAAACUUAAAGAGGCUGAGACCCGUGCUGAGUUUGCAGAGAGGUCUGUGGCUAAGCUGGAGAAAACCAUUGAUGAUUUGGAAGAGAAACUGGCUACGGCUAAAGAAGAGAACCUAGACAUGCACCAAACGCUGGACCAAACCCUCCUGGAGCUCAACAAUCUAUAAAGAGAGCUCUGUCUGUCUGGGCCCAUGAACAAGAGGCCUAAAACAAAGGCGAAAGAAAAAACACAAAGCUUUCAUAAUGCUCAUUGAUACACACUUGACCAAAUCCUUUAGUUGACUUGCCCCUUUGGGAACAGGACAGUCUUCACUUGGCUUUAAUAGUAGUAAAGGCUUACGAACAAGGCAUUCCGUUUAGUUAAUGAGGGUCUCUUGCACACAUGCUAGUGAAUGGCAAAUGCAUGCUGGCUACAGAAGUUAACAUGGUUCAGUAUAACAGCAGAACAGCAUAGAGUUGAACGAUAUCGAGAUUGCUGUUUGUAUUUAGCAUGUCAAGUCUUAAAGUUGACAUCUCUUUUCUAAUCUGACCUCUGAGGCCUCCUUGAAGUGAAAUUGCAUUUGCUUUACUCUUUAAGCUCUUACCUCAAACUCUUAUUUUUUUAUUCCAAAAUAUAAAGUUUUUGUAAACGUUCAAAACAAAUAAAUGGUAAACAUAUUCUUUACUUACUGUUUGGUAAGACGUGCCACUCAUUGUUUUAAUUGAGUAUAGUAUUUGAGUAGAACUGACCCAAACAGGGAAAAAGACUAGCGUUCACAUUUUAAUAUUUGGACUAUUUAGGAUAGCAGUUUGUUAAAUGUACAUCUAGGUUAGUUUAUAUGGUUCAAAAUGACUAGCAAAGGUAUCAAAUAAUGUAAUACAAACUAAAUACAAUGGGGACAUUUGAUUUCGAACACAGGAUUAUUUUGACAAAGUUUUUGAAUUUUCAAAAUGAUUUUAGUGACCUUUUGGGGGUUUGGAAAGUAGUCUUAAUAUUAGAGAUGAUUUUGGUAUUCUAAUCAUGAUGAUGUGGUACCUCAUGUAUUCUAAUCAUGAUGAUGUGGUACCUCAUGUAUUCUAAUCAUGAUGAUGUGGUACCUCAUGUAUUCUAAUCAUGAUGAUGUGGUACCUCUUGUAUUCUAAUCAUGAUGAUGUGGUACCUCAUGAAUUCUAAUCUUGAUGAUGUGGUACCUCUUGUAUUCUAAUCAUGAUGAUGUGGUACCGCAUGUAUUCUAAUCAUGAUGAUGUGGUACCGCAUGUAUUCUAAUCAUGAUGAUGUGGUACCUCAUGUAUUCUAAUCAUGAUGAUGUGGUACCUCUUGUAUUCUAAUCUUGAUGAUGUGGUACCUCAUGAAUUCUAAUCUUGAUGAUGUGGUACCUCAUGAAUUCUAAUCAUGAUGAUGUGGUACCUCAUGAAUUCUAAUCAUGAUGAUGUGGUACCUCAUUCUAAUAAUUUGCCUUUUUUUUUUUUGACAAAGAUUUUUGAGAAUGCCCAUAGUUGUUAGAAUCUGAAACGUCUCUUAAUUUUUGAAACACCCUUUCAAUAAUUGGCCGGGUUUAACUGUUACAUGGUUGUUCCACGAAACGAGUCUUUUUGAGUAGUGUAACUACUUGCUCAACCAGGGCUGGCCCUGUGCUCAACCCAAUGUUUUCCCCCACAAAAUGGCCAGAAAGAGUAGAACCAGCUCACCUGCUUUUACACUGAUUUGAUUAUUAGAUGUUAAAUGUUUAUUUUUGGGGGGAUAUUAAAUAUUUGCCAUAUUAAAACAAAAGUUCAGGUUACAGGAUUGACCUUGAAAUGAGGGACAUGUUAAGUGGUUUACCUUGCAAUGAAUCACAAAUCACAUGAAAUAGAUAAUCUUCCAAAUUGACAGUCAAAACAGCCAAAUUUACUUGAGGUUAAGUGAGUUAAAAUCUGAGAAGUGCGAUUGCAGAGGGGCAUGUCAAAAUGCUGAAUGUUGGCACUAACUCUUUUAGUGAUAUAUAAAAAUCUAAAUGAAUUGAAUUGUCCAUGUCUAUAUUAAAUGGCACUUCAUUUAAUAUGGCAGGCUUUUAAAAUCCAAUAUUGGUGCAACAUUUCUACUUAAAAUAUCAAAGGGAUGCAAAAGGGACUCAUUUUGUGGAACUACCCUACAGCUGUAAACUUGUUUGGUUGAUUUCAAGCUCAUGUAAUAUCUUAAUGCACCUGUGUCAAUACUUCAGACUUGACACAGGUCACAAGAAUGCUUAUCGGUCUGAAGGUUUUAAUUGGGGGGGACUAUUCAAUAUUCUGGAGGUAUUAAAAUAAUUGUAUUAAGGUUUAUUACUCAUGUAUGUAUCCUAUGCAAUGAAUCAACUGUAUAAGCUCUUAAGAUGAUUAAAAAAAUUGCCAGCAAAAUAAA